CGUCUUUCAGACAGACUGUUUUUGCUGCAGUGAACGGCAGCCGUGGAGAGAGAGAGAGCGAGAGAGCGGUAGAGAUACAAACACAGAGAGUGCGAGAGAGAGAAAGAGAGAGAGAGAGAGCGCGGAGGAAAAAGCAAGAAAAACAAAAGAGUCAGGAGAAGGAACAAGGAGAUAAAAAAAAGUCGACAAAAGCAGAUUGAGAGGAGGCUCCGGACAAGCGACUGCUGCGCAUCAAAGGAGGGACCUUACUGGGGACCUUAUUGGAGACCAGCGCCAACAAAACCCGAGUCCGGAGGCGGAAUAUAACGGUGACACUCCAGAGCUCCUCUGCCCUCCUGAGGAUUCAGUGAGACAGGCGGAUCUGUGCACCCGACCAUGGCCUUCCCAUCAGCCCCCUCUGCAUUAUGGAGUGUCAGCUUAUUGACAGCUCUAUUCGCUGCUGCGGUUCACAGCAACAUUGUCUAUGACGACGACCCCUUGCAGCCAGUGACCUCAGAUGAGACGGUGUCCGUGGGGGGCACGGUGACACUGACCUGCCGGGUGGCUGAGAGUGACAACUCCUCACUGCAAUGGUCCAACACUGCGCAACAGACCCUGUACUUUGGAGAAAAGAGAGCACUGAGGGAUAACCGCAUCCAGCUGCACCGCUCAACAGCUACCGAGCUUUCCAUCACCAUCGCUGAAGUGCUGCUGUCUGACGAGGGCGAGUACACCUGCUCCAUCUUCACCAUGCCAGUCCGCACCGCCCGGGCCACCGUCACCGUGCUAGGUGUGCCCGGUAAACCUCAGAUCUCGGGCUUUGAGAGUGCAGUGCCGGAGGGGGGCAAAGUCACCCUGACCUGCACCAGUACUGGCAGCAAGCCCCCCGCCAAGCUGCGCUGGUUCCGAGGAAACCAGGAGCUGGAAGGACGUCCAAACGUGGUGGAGUCCGUUCCAGACGAUCCCACAUACAACGUGAGCAGCGAGCUCACUCUGGAGGUGAGCCGCAGCGACGACAAAGCCCUCAUCACCUGCGCUGUCGACCAUCCCUCUCUCGCCCCGGGGGACAAGAGGAGUGAGCAGGCUCUGCGGGUGUUGUAUUCCCCAGAUGUGGAGAUCGUGCCCGAGAGCGAUCUGCCUAGAGAGGGGGAGAAGUUUCAUCUUAAGUGUUUGGGCAACGGCAACCCCGAGCCCACCUCCUACAGUUGGCAGAAGAAGGAUGGAGAGCUCCCCCCACUGGCCAAAGUCGACGGUGCUUUCUUGCACUUUGAGAUGCUCAACAAAUCAGAUAAUGGCGUCUACCUCUGCCACGCUGACAAUGUCAUUGGAAGUAGCCAGGCAGAGUACACACUCCUGGUGCAAGAUCCCAUGGACCCAGACUCCCUGGAAACCACCAACCCCUCCCAUGGCUCUUCAGCCUACCCAUCUUCAACCUCUUCCUCCUCUUCCUUACCCCUCCCAUCCUCUUCUCCUCCUGAUGCCUUCUCUGGCUCCGGCUCUGACCUCACAGACUCCUCCUCCUCCUCCUCUCCUUCUGACCUCGUCUCGAUCUCCUCUCCUGACCCUUCUCCCACCCCCUCCAUGGCUGACGUUUCCUCCACCAACACCCUCUCCAACGCCCUCUUCCCUGACCUGCCAUUCUCUCCUGACUCCUCUCCCUCUACCUCACCUACCCCUCCUCCUGGCUCCGCAAGCAUCGCUCCUUCCACUGCCACCCACUCCUCCCACCCCUCCACCCUUACUCCCUCAGUUUCCGUCCGGCUGAAUGGAGUUUACACUUUCACAGAAGCUGCAGACAACAUUGCAGACCCCACAGCCAUGUCAACCUCUUCGGGGGUGGACCAUGCCGUGAUCGGAGGGGUGGUGGCUGUUAUCGUCUUCAUCCUGCUCUGCCUCCUCAUCGUCCUCGGCAGAUACCUCAUCAGACACAAAGGAACGUAUCUGACCCACGAGGCCAAGGGCUCGGACGACGCCCCCGACGCCGACACAGCCAUCAUCAACGCAGAGGGAGGCCACUCCGGAGCAGAAGACAAGAAGGAGUACUUCAUCUAGAUAGAGGACGGAGUAGAGGAGGAGGAAAAGAUGGAGGACGUGGAUUAGAGGAGAGGGGAGGAGCGAAGAGAAAAAAACCUCCAUUUGUUUUCACGACGCUUCAGUUCUUCACUCAGUUGGAGGGAUGAUGGGAGGGGAAGGGAGGGAAAGAACUGUGGGCAGGAUCAACUGGUACUACCCUCUUUGCAUUGAUACAGGGAAGUGAGAUUUUGCACUGACAUUCGGAUGAACUGAAGUUACACACUCAGACACACACACACACACACACACACACACACACACACACACACACACACACACACACACACAAAUGUACAUGAGUCAGUUUUAUGGGAAAACUCUUCUCACACAGACUUGAAUGCUCGUAGAUGCUCAGAUUAACAAACACGAGCCUUCUACUAACACGUCUCAAUUAUUUCUGAAUGACCCAUUAACACAUUUUGACACAAGCAUCGUAUUCCUAUUCCUGACUGUCAUCGCCUCGAAAAACAAAAUUGUAACUCACAUUCCGGGUAUCCCGAGCUGAUACUUCACUUCUCACACCACGCCAACCCGUCUCUUCAACAUUUAAACCAAACCAGCUCUUGUCUUUUCACGUUUGUGUCCUCAUUCUCUCCAUCUAACAAGGCAGUAUCCCUCUGUAAACAUCCGAGUGGCAGAGAAAUCCAUCCAAAGCAAAUUAUGACUGACAAACAUAAUCUCCCUCUCUCACAGUUUAAUCUUUUUAUGCCAUCAAACCUCUUCCUGCGUCCUCACAAACCCUGGUACGAGCCGAUGAAUUUCCCACAAUGCAGCACCACACAACAUGCAACACUCAUGCAAAAAUAGCAUUCCCACCUUGCGCUACCAAGCCGAGGGGCUCCAGUAUACAUAUAUAAAUAUAUAUAUAUAUAUAGAAUUAUAUAGCAUUCUUUUUACUUGACAGAAAAUGUUUGGUGUGCUGUAAAUACACACUCUUUCUCUUUCUCUCUCUCUCUCUGUCUCUCUCUCUCUCUAUCUUCUAUCUCUCCUUCUUCUAUGCCUCUUCUCUCUCUCUCUCUCUCUCUCUUCCUCUCUCUCUCUCUCUCUACAUCUCCCUCUCUUCUGUAUCUCAUACAGUCUGUUACUGCAUUACAGUAACUUAUAUACUCUAAAAAAAAAAAAAGCCUGCCUGUUUUUAUUACAUGCGUGGAAAUGCAGAGUCGAACACUAUCAAUAUCUGGGGAAAAAAUAUAAAAAUAACGAUGAUGACGUUGCGAUGAAAACUAACCUUAACUGCAAAUAUUUGUAUGAGGAACGUUUUCCUUCCUUUUUUUUUUUUUCUUCUUUUUUCUUUUUGGUUUUUGGGACUUAUGAGAGAUUUUCUCUCCUCAGUGUCUCAGUGUGUUACUGUCAGUGUUAACAGUUUACAGUGUCUGUCCGUUUGUCAGUCCAGGAGUCCAUGAAUCUAAUUUCCGACUUGUAUUUUAAUUUUGAGGUUUAGGGUUUUUGAUGCUGUUUGUUUAUUUGCAUCUUCCUCUGCGCAUUCAAUGCCGCCAUUUUCUCCCUGUUUCGUCGGCCCUCUGUGACCCAAACACUAAACUGUAGCAAAACCUCGGUCGAACACAGCUUCGAAAGGUGUCAAAAGUGUUUGUUGGAAUUUUCCCGGAGAAUCACUGCCCGGCACACGUGGUCCGCUUUGGUCCUCCUUCCACCCGGCCCCCGCAGAACGCAACGCUCAGCUCCUAACAUUUUUCUCCCUGCAGCAGACUGCUUGUCUUGGCGAGGCCACCUGGCGUUAAAUUCACUGAGCAGUGAUAUCAUGACUUCCUCUAAGAAGCUGGCACGGUCGCUGCUUCAGGGAGGUGAAAAUGCUUGCUUGCUUUCCACUACGGGGCCAAACAGGACUGCCUACAUACAUUAUGACAAACUUCCUGGCGAAAAAAACCCCUUUGUGUUAUUGUUUCUUUUUCUGUGUGUGUGUUAUUGCAAGCAGGAAUCAUUUGUCAGCUUAGCAAAAGGUUCCCAUAAAUGAACGGUGUUUUAUUAAGGUUGGGAGUUCGCCUUGGCACUGGCAAGCUCCACUUGGCCCGGUCUUGGAAAUUGAUUGCAAUCUAACUAAGAGGCUCUGGGCUCCAGACUGUACACAUGCCAAGGUUUGGCUUGGUGGGCAAGGUGCCGAGCCGGAGUCUGGGCAGCACUAACACUGAAGAAAGUCAUUUAGGAACUUAAAUGUCCUCUCUCCCCCCUCCCCCCUCCCCCCACCGCUCCGCUCGUCCAUUUCCUUUUCAUUCUUUAAUCAAUCAUCCCGUCUGCGUCCUGAUCCACCUUCACCCAGUCUCUCCUCUGCUCUCCUCAUCACAUCUUCCUCCCCCCCCCCCCCCCCACUCCAUCUCUAAUCGAUGUCCGAUUCUCCUUGCUGGUCUCUCUCAUUAAGGAGGCCAUGUGUAAACGUACAGUAGAAGUAGCGCCUCCUCUUGGUUUGCUGGCGUGCGCUGAUGGCUCUCUGCAGCACUUUUCUUUUCUUUUUCUUUUUCUUUUUUUGUUUGAGAGUGUUUUGGAGAAGAAUCCAUUUGCUGUUGUUAGUCUACCCGUAGACAGUUAUGUCUGUGAUAGUUUUUGUACACCCUUUUUUGGGAACGUUCAGGGAUAGUGCUUUUCGUACCUUUCCCCGCAUUGUCGUUAACUGCUAACUAGCUAGCUGCUUUGAAAGCAAGUGGCCAGGCUAGUGUGUCUAUAAGCUAGCUAUACUACAAAAUGGUAACGUGACCUGAAGCAGGGUCAGCUGUUCUAUUCCUUUUUCUUUCUAGAGUUCUCGGUUGGAAUUUGGGGUUGCUGAGUUGAGGAAACUUGGCCUAGAACGGUGUUUGAAUUCUGCAGGAGACUGUUUGGACGUGCACCAGACAGCUUUUAAACAAACCGAGAUGAAUUUUUCAAAGAAUUCAGAACGCUGUUUAACCCACGUUUGCUCUGCAACACUCUUCAGCUUUUCACAGUCUUCAUGUCUGCAGACCAGAGGACGGGCGUUGUCUCACAGAGUUUAUUGUCCUACUUUGAAGAGUAAACUUUGAUUUGUAUUUAACCCCAAUCUAAUUCUGCUCUGUGAAUGGAGAAAUGAAUACCUGCCUCAUACUCAACAAAGUGUAGUGUCUUUUAAAAACUAAUGGACCUGUAUUUGCCUGUAAUUUAUCGUCCUGUCCUUCGUCUUAGUUAAUGUGCUAGCAUGUAGCUUGCAUGAGAAACGGUUGGAAAUGUAGAUAGUGUUGGAGAUGAGCAGUGCCGACAAGCUGCUCUCCUGAGACAAGAGCGGCGGUCUGCCCGACUGCCCUCCCUGCUGUUCUCUGAUCUGCAAACAUAACCCGUGUCCCAGUUAAAGCCGUCUGUACCUUCUCAACACUGCAGCCCUCAGAUUAACACUGAGAAAACUGACGAAGUAGGCCUCAUUCUGCUUCUCCCAACAAGCGAUGUAGGGGUAUAAUGGCGCUGGAAUGGGACACGCAGUCAGUCUAAUUCAUAUUUCAUUGCAUCAGUGCAGUAAUGACUAGCUGUCACCAGAUGCCAGCAAACAGCAGCUUUUAUUUUCCCUCUUCAGUCAGACCGAGCUGUCCUGCCCCACCACUUGACUCUCACCAACUCCUCUUCAGGCAGUCGCACACUAGCUGCCAGUCAUCUUUUCUUUUUGUAGUAUAAACAAAUUGAUUUUUAAAUUAUGUUUUGUAAAAGGUGUGCAUAAUCUUAAAUGUAUUACUUUCAGUUCAAUUGAUCAUAAUUUCAACCUCUUUUUUUUAUAUUAGAUUUUCCAAAACUUGAAGGUUAGAGAUUUGGUUUUUUUGCGUAUUUUAUUGUUUCAACAAGUUUUAUAUAAUUUCAUGUAUAUAGUGUUGCCUUUACUGGAUACUCUUACAAGCGCACCCAUACACACGUUGCACACACACUUUUGGUACAUACACAUCCACACACAUAUCUGGAUAUGCACGGCAGGCAUGAUGUCUGUGACUAUGGUGUAUUUGUACAUAUGUGUGUGUAUGUGUGUUUGUGUAUGAGUGUGAGGUGUGUAUUAAUUGACCCAAACAGACUCCGGAGACAUGCUUACAUGUGUUGCAUUCACAAAAAUGUUAUUAUUUCGAUGACUAAAAAAAACCAUCUUUGUUUUCAGGAUCAUUAUUUUGGAUGACAAGUCUUCCUUUUGAAUAAAUAUCCAUAUCACAUGAGAAUAGUGCUGUCAUGUAUGUUAAUUUGUACUAUGGCUGAUGAUGUCAUUGAGGCGAGACCCGACCGCAUGCUGUGGUGGGUGUGGGUCUGUUGGCUGUUAUGUUCAUACAGUAUUUGUUUGAUUUGUUUUUUUUUUUGUUAAAAUACCAGUUCAGUUGUUGACUUCAAUAAACAUGCAUUUGGGUUAAUUUCA